AUGGACGCCUCUGACGAGGCCCCGCCUGCCGUCAGCUCUCCGGCACCCGCCAUUCUUGAGGCCCAGCAGCCCUCGAAGAAGCGAUCACGGGAAGUGAGUGAGGAGGCGGCCCCUCUCCCUGCGGCGCCAUCUCCUGAGCCCGAGUCGAAGCGUCAAAAGACUGCGCAGCCUUCUGGUCACGAGCCGGCAAUGGAAGUCAGCAAGGCGCUGGGGAACACAGUCACGCCAACAACCGCAGAGGUACCAAACAUAAACAAGGCUACGUCGGGGUCCGCCUCGAACACGAACAACUUCAAAGGGGGAAAGAAGACGGGAGGCAAGAAUUCUGCCAAGACCUUUACAGACGAAACUGGCCAACAUUUUCUGCUGCCCACGGAUCCGAAGAUCCUUCGUAAGAAGCAGGCCGCUGACACGUGGCAUGAGCGGAUCACCAGAUGGAUCAAUGCUGUUGUAGAGCAGAACAAGGAUAAGGGGCCCCUCAUGACACCAUCGCUCUGCAUUGAUAUGUUCGCGCACGCCCAGAGCAAGGAGAAGGAGAGCAAGACGGCAUUACACCGGAUCAAAAAGCUGCAGAAAGGGGGCAAGUUGGACACGAUUGUGGGCCUCGCGCUCGAGGCCGUGCAUGGACCGGGUGUUUUUGCCGCAGGAACAUCGCAGGAUCCCAUCUCAAUUGGUGAUCAUGGUGAGGCCGAAGACGCAGAAGAAGACGGAGAGGACACGGGCAGCGGGGACGAGGAGACAGAUAACACGACACGCCCGUCGACAUCUGUUCCUUCUGGCGCAGCUUCUAUCCAGGGCGACGACGACGCGAAACAGCAAGAGUCGGCGCCAACAGCAAGUGAUUGGGCGUCACUGCUCGGGCCCGAAGCGGGGAGCGCAGCAGGGCAGAGCGCCGCAAAGGCCAAAGGAGGCGACAACAGGAGCACACAGCACGACGAGCCAGAAGUGGCUGGGUACCGACAAGUCAUGAGCGAAGACGAGGCCGAGAAGGAGCAGCAGCGGUAUUUUCCUGGCGCGACUGAGAUCUGCACGAUUUGCGCGGCCACUGGCCACACGUGCAUGGGCCUGUCCGAACACUCUCUGCCAGUUCUGUCGGGCGACGGGUCGGAGGAGGGCGAGUUCCUCAGCGAGAAGGUCAAGCCGCGGGCGGCACCAGGCCAGAUGCGCAUGUCGACCAACAUUCAGUUCAACUCGACCAUGCCGAGCACAGCCUUUGCGGGCCAGCCUCCCCUGCCGCCUGGACCGCCCCCGCCAGGCCCGCCACCGGGCAACCCUGGGUCGUACUCGAGAAUGGCAACGAGCUACGGCGCACAGUCGCACGCAUUACCACCGAGGCCACCAGCGCCGGGGCAGCCUCCCUCUGGGCCGGGCGCGCAGCGAGGUGGUUACCACAACGUCCCGCCUCCCAAGGGGCCGGCGGCGCAACCGAAGAACAAGGCGAAGGGCAAGAACAUACCGCAGAGCAACAAGAAGAGAGCAGCGAUGCAGCAGCAGCAGCAGCAGCAGCAGCAGCAGCAGCAGCAGCAGCAGCCUCAGUCACAGGGCUCGUCCCAACAACAGAACGGCUCGAGAGCAAACCAGCGAAGGGGCAACGGUGGUAGUAGGAGACCCAGACGGGGCGGCAAACAGGGCUAG